GAUGGUCACGUGUUGAUGGAUGCUGAGGAAGCGUCGACCAACCCCAGCCACCCUCUUCCUUCUCAACGACCAGACAUCCCCAGAUGAUGACAGAGAUGGGGAGCACGGAGAGGGAGCCGAGGGCCGACUUGGACAUUCUCCCCGAAAGGGGGGCCACCACAGCUCCUACACGCCCCCCACCAUGAGCCAGAUGCAGACCCUGGUGGAGCUCCACCUCCACGCCACGGAGGAGGAGGACGAGGAGGACCUCGAGGACGACGAUGACGACCGGAGCGCCGGCGGCGAAGACGACAACGGCGCCAGCGGCGGCGAUGGCCAUCCCGGCAGCCUCGUCCUCCACGUGCCCUCAGGUCCGCUCGCCCCCCACGGAGAAAAGGGGGGUGCCCGGGGGGGACUCCAAGGCGACGCAGGGGAGCCCACGCCCGGGACGACAGCCGAGCCGGAGGCCGGGAGCCCCCCAAGCGGCGGGGCCCAGGGAGAUUCCGUAGGCGCCAGCGGGGGCGGCUUCGGGGAAGGGAAGGAGCCGGGGAUUGCGGAGGAGGUCGCGAACGUGACCUUUGAACCCAGGAGAAGGGUCACGUGGGCCCACGGGCCGGGCGAGGCCGCUGGGGGCCCCCCUCACCUGGCCUCCCCCCCGAUCCCCACAGGGUGCCUGUGCUUCCCCUGUCUGCCGCUGGCGCCUGUAGGCGACACGAUCGGCGUGCCGGAGGCGGCGGCGACGACGACGGAGCCGGACGCUGGAGCCAAACCCCCGAGCGUCGCUCCGGGUCCCCGGCAAGACGAGAGCCACGUGAGCCACGUGACCCACGUGACCCACGCCGACGCUCAGCGGGCAGUGGAGGGCUGCUCCCGCUCGGACUCCGAGCCCGGCGCAGGUCAAGACGGAGAGGCCGGGGCGCUGGCGGGCACCGACGCAGACGAGCGGUCAGCCGGCGGGCCCGACGGCCAGCCGCGCAUCAAGGCGCACGUCCAGUUCGUCGGGUCAGCUGCCGAGGCAGGCAUCCAAUUCGACGUCCGGUCAGCCGCUAAGCCAGACGCAGAGUCGGCGACUGAGCCAGGCGCACAGUCGGGCGCUCACGUAGAUGCUCACGUAGUCACGGAGGUUGGCACUGGGCCGACUGUGAACUGAAUGCUCGGGGGGGGGGGGGGGGGGAGGUUCUGGGUUGGGGUGAAACGGAUCUGUGAAGCUCGUACAGCGCCGUGGUGCUGCCAGAGGGGCAAUGGUUUAGCUGCCGUCGUCUUGGGAAUCCGAUUGCUCGAUCGUGCGGAUGAGUUUGACCUCUGUUGGGUGUGACGGGAGGGUGAAGACCCCACGGGGUAGGAGGUGGCGGCGGGGGGAGGGGGUUCCAGGUGCCUGUGAUGCGUUGCGGGAGAUGGAACGAUUCCGUUUGAGGUGGAACGUUUUAGCUCCCCGCUCAUGACCUCCCCCCCCCCCCCCACCGUUUUCCCGUUGCCAGCGUCGGGCGUUUGCGAUGAAAAUGUCUCCAUUUAAAAAGAAAAUGUGGUUUGAUUUUUAGUUACAUUUUCAUCUCUCUCUUCUCUGUAAGCAUUCGGUGGUAAUUUCAGCGGCCCCUUUGCUUCCGCAGGUGUCUCGUGAUCCCCAUGACACAAUGAAAAUUAAUGAUCAUCAUGGUCCGGUACGUUUGGUGUUAGUCUGCCCAGUAAGCACGGGCGAUGUCGCUGAGCGGCUUUUACCCCACCGAUCCAUUUGCGCUCGACGCCUUCUCGCAUUUGGCGAUUUUUUUUCUUGCUGUAGGCCGUGACGCCGGCACACAAUGGCCUACCCCUGGUUCCCGUGGCGUGCUGACAUCGGCAUGACGGCUCCUUCGGCAUUCACGACCAUCGCGGCAGACAGGCGCGAGUUUGCGUGCUCGAUUAGACCCACCCCCACGCUUCGCCACGGAAUUAACCGGGGCGGCCGCCGGGAUUCGAACUGCGAACGUCCGGUCCGUUCUGGGCCGAACAAGGGGACAGCGCGAACGACCAAUUUUUUAGUUUUUGGUUUUUAUGCUUCGCAGGAAACGCUUGUGAUUUGCGCGCCCCCCCCCCCCCAUCCCGUCGCCCCCCGCUCUUUCUUUGCGCACCGCUGGUCAAUACGGUCCCGUCCGUCACCCCGACGUUGGGUUUGGGUUUCGGUCGGAUCGGAUCAGACGCAAGAAGUGCGAGAAUGGAUCGCUGCGUUCGCGAGACCGCCAGGGGACGGCGGAUAGGGGUAGAGUUAGGGGUAGACUCGUUAGGGGCAGGGUUAGAGGGUCGACUCAUUAGGGAUAGACUCGUUAGGGAUGGGGUUCGGGUUAGACUCGUUAGGAGCAGAAUUAGGGGGUAUACUCAUUAGGGAUAGACUCGUUAGGGGCAGUGUUCGGGGUAGACUCGUUAGGGACAGGAUUAGAGGGUAGUCUCAUUAGGGGUAGACUCGUUAGGGGCAGUGUUCGGGGUAGACUCGUUAGGGGCAGGGUUAGAGGGUAGACUCAUUAGGGGUAGACUCGUUAGGGGCAGUGUUCGGGGUAGACUCGUUAGGGACAGGAUUAGAGGGUAGUCUCAUUAGGGGUAGACUCGUUAGGGGCAGUGUUCGGGGUAGACUCGUUAGGGGCAGGGUUAGAGGGUAGACUCAUUAGGGAUAGACUCGUUAGGGGCAGUGUUCGGGGUAGACUCGUUAGGGGCAGGGUUAGGGGGUAGACUCAUUAGGGAUAGACUCGUUAGGGGCAGUGUUCGGGGUAGACUCGUUAGGGGCAGGGUUAGGGGGUAGACUCAUUAGGGAUAGACUCGUUAGGGGCAGGGUUUUGGGUAGUCUCAUUAAGGGGUAGACUCGUUAGGGGCAGUGUUUGGGGUAGACUCGUUAGGGCUCGGGCGAGACUCGUUGUAUUCUAAUCGGACACGACAGAGCGACAGUCUCGCGCCGAAUGCCUCCGCAUAUUUAAUCUCUGUUGCCAUAGCCACGUGACACAAGGCACGCAAAGCAGACCCAGUGCUGUCUGCUACUAACCACCACCACUACCAUUACCACCACCACCAUCACUGCCUUCACCACAACCAUCAUCAUCCUCAUCAUAAUAAUCACUACCACCACCGUCACUACCUUCACCACCAACAUCACCAUCAUUGUAACCAUCACCGUAGCUUUCACAAACCAUCUCUCAUGUCACGGUAACUAGAGGAGUAGUAACAACAACAAUGAUUAUCAUCAGAAUGCUCUUUAUUUACCCAAGAAAUCAUGGGUCUCAAGAAUCGUCACUGUUCAGGAAGGGUGCUGCUAAAUUCAGUGAGCCUUACCUGGUCAAAUAAAAAAGAGUCAAUGUUGACUUAAAACUUUCGUGACUGCAGGAAUUCAUAUUCUUGGUUCUUUCGGUAAAGUCACGUAGAUAGAAAAAUAAUAAUAAAGUGAAUAAAAAUAACAAUAAUACAAUAAAAUACAAAUUAAAUUUUUAUUUUAUAAAAAUGUCAAAUAUACUUUUUUCACUUUUUUUAUUUUUCUAUCUACGUAACUUAGUUAAAUUGGACCCAAAUGUUUGGCCAAUUCAGCCACGUUGGUGGCCAAAGCAUACAAAUUGAACCGUGCAAGUUAAUGAAAAAGAAGAUAUAUAAAUAAACCUACCCUUGUCAUCGUGACUGCGACACACACGUGUCAAGAGAGGACACGCACGAGCUAGCAGACAAGGGCGUAGCCCUUACUCACUAAACAUGGCCCAACGUUGGCCCAACGUUGACCCAACGUUGACCCAACGUUGGCGUCGUAUUGGGCCUCCUCCGCGUUCUGCCUUCCUCGAUGUUUGCGGCCCACUCGUCGUAACUAACCGCCGCUUUGACGAGCGCUUUUCAAAACAACUCUUUAAUUUUCGAUUUAUAAUAAUUUUGUUAUUUUAUUUUAUUAUAUUAUUUUAUUAUGUUUUAUGUUUAUUAUUUUAUUAUUUCCCUUCUACGUGACUCUUUAAUUUUCGAUUUAAAGCUUUCGUGACUGCAGGGAUUCAUCUUCUUGGUUCUUUCGGUAAAGUCACGUAGAAUGGAAAUAAUAAAAUAAUAAAAAUAAAACAAUUAAAUAAUUCUCACGACGUUUCGGCCACAACGCAAGCAGCCGUCCUCAGGUGGAGAACAGGUCUGUCGAGAAGACAGUCUUUAAUUGUUAACGGAGGUUUUUUUAAAUGUCCUCAUUACUCCCAAGUGGCUGUCAUGGCAAAGGCAGUGAGGUGGGUGGUGGGGGGGGGGGGAUGGGGCGGGGGGAGGCACUUGAAUUUUCUCUUUUGUGAGUUCCCGUAACCUUUCCCUAACAUCUCGGAAAAUUGAAUUCAAGCGGAGACACCGACCCCUCGGAACCCGCGGCCCCUCGAUGGGGCCGGUUCGGCGGAGUGGGGGGUGGGGUGGGGGGCACAAUCGCCCCCCCCUCCCCACUCCUCCUCCCCCAAGAGAUAAUUCGUUGCAAGUAACAAUUAGAGCUUUGGAACGUGCACGUAAUGAUCAAUAUAUUUUGACUUAAAACGUUCGUGACUGCAGGAAUUCAUAUUCUUUGGUUCUUUCGGUACAGUCACGUAGAUAGAAAAUAAAAGAAAAAAUGUUGAAAAAUAUUUUUUAUUAAAUAAAAAUAUUGAAAAAUAUUUUUUCUAUUUGAUUGAUUUUCUUUGUAUUCUUUGGUUCUUUCGGUAAAGACAAGUCGAUAGAUAAAAUUACAAAUAUUUUUAAUUUCAUUUUAAAUGUAUUUUUAUUUAAAAUAUUAAAAAUGUCAUUUUAAAUGUAUUUUUAUUAAAAAUAUUAAACAUUUCAUUUUUUAUUUAUUUAAAUUUGUAUUCUUAUUUUCUAUCUACGUGACCUUGCCGAAAGGACCAAAGAAUACAAAGAAAAUUAAUACAUCGCGUUCACACACCUGACCGUGAAUGCGGUGAGGGUCACCUUGUCCAUCGAAGAAAUGCCCCCGUGUCGCGGUGGCGCGAUUGGUCCCCGAACCGGCGGCGUUCAAUUCCACAUUAGCCAAGACGGUGCACCAGUCCUUCCCAAAUAAAUAAUAAAAACACGACGCUUGAUGUCCGCUGUCCGCUGUGUGUGCUUUCAUUUGGGAGUUGUGCCCACCGCGUGCUCUUCGGCACGACGUCGCGGCAACUUCGCUGCACGCGCCGGAGGAGGUUCCACUUCAGAGGGGCUUCUGGGGGGAGAACUGCCGGUGACGUGGGGCGAAACGUCGAACCCCAAAACGCACCGGAGAGCAACAGCAGCAGCAGCAGCACAAGUGCGAAAUGAUGAUCUCCUGUCCAGCGGAGCAGUCUCGCCAGGAGUUGUACAUUCGCGUGACGAUGCAGCGAUGAUGAUGACGAUGGCGAUGAUGGAUUAUUUCCUCGGGCAAUAUUGUGUGGUGGUGGUGGCGGUGAUGGUUGUCUUAAUGGUCGUGCUGGUGACGAUGGUGGUGGUAACGCAGCUGCUGUUGCUUGCUGCUGCUCGCGGUGGUGAUGGUGACAACUGCUGCCAUUGCUGCUGUUGCGACUGCUGGUGGUGGUGGUGUCAGUCACCAUGGUGGCGCUAGUAAUGAUGGCGCUGGUGAUGAUGAGGCUGUUGUUGCCUCUGUUGCUGCUGCUGAUGGUGUUGACGAUCGUGGUGGUGGUGGUGGUAAUGAUGUAAGUGGCAAUGAUGGUGGGUGUGAUGAUGAUGAUGAUGGUGGUGGAUGGUAAUGCUUCUGUUGCUGCGGCUUCUACUGCCGAUGAUUAUAAUGACCCUGGGGGGGUGGGGGGGGGGUAUACAGGGUGCUGCAAAUGACCCCUUAGCCCAAGUUGUGCCUAAAACAAGUCGCACUGUCUCGAUUUGAAGCUUUCGUGACUUCAGGGAUUCAUCUUCUUGGUUCUUUCGGUAAAGUCACAUGGAAGGGAAGUAAUAAAAUAAUAAAAAUAAAACAUAUUAAAUUAAUUAAAUUUCGAUUUAAAGCUUUCGUGACUGCAGGGAUUCAUCUUCUUGGUUCUUUCGGUAAAGUCACGUAGAAUGGAAAUAAUAAAAUAAUAAAAAUUAAACAUACUAAAGUAUUUUUAUAUAAAAAUUUUACUUUAUUACAUUUUAUUUUUAUGACUUUAUUAUAUUUUAUAAAAAAAAUAAAACAUAAUAAAGUAUUUUAUAUAAAAAAUAAAACUUUCUUAUGUUUUAUUUUUAAUAUUUUAUUAUUUCCAUUCUACGUGACUUUACCGAAAGAACCAAGAAGAUGAAUCCCACUGUUUGAGAUCUGCUUCUUCUUCUUCUCAUCUCGCACGGCUGACGUGGACGCAGAGCGACGACUUACGAUGUCACAUUUCGGUUGGUCAAGAGCCAGACAACGGGUAUCCGGAGCAAGUGGAGGUGUAUCGCUGUGAUGUCUGCUUCGUACUGGAUCGCCUCCAGUAUUAACACAGAUUCCUAUGAUCCUGUACUGGCGGUGGUGGCGUUUCGUGACCGGGCGGGUUAAGGGUUUAAUCAUAACAAUUUAAGUAUUGCUUCUGUAUAGGGAAUUCAUGCGCGUGUGGUUUUGUUGUUGCCUAGGUUUGCUGUUCGUUCGGGAGUUUGUUUGACUUUUGUUCACGUACCAGCUCUCGUUUAAUGUCACAAGCCACACUCCACCCCACCCACCCCACUCCCCGUUCUGUAUUCUGUCAGGCAAACGAGGUGGGAGUGGAGGCAACCUCCCCCCCCAUCCCCCUGUCGUGUUUUUCUUUUGCUUGUUGUAAACAUGUUGGGAGUAUUUGGGAGUACAUUCCAGCCGCUGUUAAAAAUACUAGAUAAAGGCGCGCUGUGUGACUGCC